CACACACAAUUUUUACAAAACCGCUCUAACAAAUUCAACACAGAGCCAUGGGCAAGUUUGCUCAUCCCCAAAGUGACUCAGUGGAAUCAUCACUCAGCACAAUGGCUAGGCAAACGAAAGCAUGAACACCCCAACGAUGACGGAAUCAUACGGUACUCCAGAAGAGAGAGUGAGGCUUUGUUAUUUCACUGUUCAUAACGGUGGGUGCUGACAUGAACCAUGCCAUCCUCCUUCUUCUCGUUCUGUCGGGAUCAGCAUCGUUCGUCGAUGGGUUCCACAUCCAUGUCCCGUGCAGGGGGCGCCAACCAUUGAAGGAACCUAUCCAUCGCAUCCAGCUUGGUGAUGCUGAGAAAACGAUAGAAUCAUUUGUAACCGAGACGUUGUUCUCAUUUGUCAGAAAUGACAAGGAUGCAGUUGAGGAAGUCGACCCGAGGCAAGAACUUUGGGCCUUUCCAAGUCUUGAAACCGCGUCCGAAAAGGGAAAACUUGAUAUUGCCCGAGAAAGUCUGAUGAACUACUUGCAGCUUUGGGCACGGCAGUUGCAAGAUGAUCCCAAAGGUUUGACGACUCCUGUUGUGGCUCAAGGCUUUCGAAAUUGCAACGUGACAGAAAACAUCGAAGGCAGCACUGGUGGCAGUACCGGUACCAUUCUAGAAGCAGCUACGGCAGAUUACCAAUAUGCUUCAAUGAAGUUGAUUUUUCGGCCGCCUAAGCGUUAUCUUUCAUACAAGGAACAAAGGGAUAUGGAGAAAGGAGUGCUACCCGAUCGUAAAGGGGCCAAGGUCGACGCUUGGAGCCCAGGAGGCGUGGAAUUGAUUGUGAAGAUGAUACCACUAGGAUCAUCCAACGACCUUACCUCUGCUGCACCGAUACCAACUUGGCGACUACAGCUUGAAUGUAGACGGUGUGAUAUUGAUGCGGAUACAAUUAUCAAAUACAGCAGCGAAAGAGCCAUUGUACGAAGAUUGAAGGAGGCCGUGCGCAUUUGGGAGAAAGUACGAGCCAUGAGAUGCUGACGAAAUCGAAUCCAAUCAUCAACUAGCCGAGUCAAAGUCAACAACAGUCCCAAUCGUGCAGGAGGCAGGAAGCCAGCACUUAUAUUAGUAGGAUGGCGAUUGAUUGCUGAAAUUCACUUGAAAAAGGGGGUGGUUUGCCAUCGUGCGUAGUCAGAUACCUUCCGCCUUAUCCUGGCUGCUCCCCUCCGAUGGUCCGUCUCAACUUGCCAGUUUGACAUUGGACACAAAGAUCCUAAAACAUCCCAGGCCUUUCAAGCUACUCCAGUAGCUACCGGUAGCUAGAAUAGAAUCAAAUGAUUGAAUUCAUGUACGGGUAGUCUACUCGUACGGUACGGUACCAUUCCCAGUACCAUACUAGUACAAGCAUGAGCUAUUUAAUGAUGGUCUGAGACAUCACCCUUUUGAUGCUUACCAGGUUUAUUACCAGCUCAGCUGUUAAAUUGUCGAUUCAUCAUUCAGUGAUUGAGUCAUUGCCAAGGACGACCGUCUCUUUCUGAGUGUCUUUGCAUUCGUUACAUCUUUGUGCUAGUACAGCUGUACCGGUACAUGACAGUGCAGUGUAUGUACCAGCAGCUGCCGGCAAGCCGGCAUGGCUUUUGGGACAUUUUGGCCAUCGAUUAAAUCUUGUUUUCGGCAAAAAAAGACCCCAGGCCUGUAGACAAUUAAACUCAGUCCCCUUAGAAAGUCACUUAAACCAUAC